AUGGGCUGCAAAAAGCCCAGCUUGGUUCUUCCACAGAUGCCCAUGUCUCUGAUCAAUCCAUCUCGAGCUCUUGAGCUUCCCUUCCCUUUGGCUGCCUCCAUUUCCAUUAUCAUGUGGUCAGAUCCAGUUUUUUUAAUUGAUUGCUAUUGUAUUAUUCACUACAGAAAGGACAUAGCUGGAGAGGACCACAUCCGAGCUUUUUUCCAUGAUGUGGUGACAACCCAUGGAUCAACGAAGAAUUUGCCUUCUCCAUGCACUUUGAAUUUGGAACCAUCACUGUGCUUUUUCCCGCAAUAUACUGCACGUCUGAUCCAAACACCUCUAUUCAUUCUAAAUGCAGCUUAUGACUCAUGGCAGAUAAAGAACAUUUUAGCACCUGGUGUUGCUGAUCCUCAAGGUAGUUGGCAUGCCUGCAAGCUUGGUAUAGAGAAUUGUUCCUCAUCUCAGCUUGAAAUGAUGCAAGGAUUUAGAAAUGAGUUUCUGGCUGCACUUCCAGAAGUUGGGAACUCAACAUCAAGAGGCUUGUUCAUAAAUUCGUUCUAUAUCCAUUGUCAAUCAAAGAGGCAGGAAACCUGGUUUAGAGCGGAUUCUCCCGUACUCGAAAAUACUCUAAUUCCUGCUUCAUUGCAACGUAGCGAAAGGUGGAGAAAGUACUUAUCAGUAAAGGCUUCAAAUUGUCAUGGCAUUUAUGGAUUUAUUAUGACUCGUAAGAAAUCAGAGAAAAAAAUGAAAAGUUCAAGAGAAGUUGUAGACCCUCAACUAAAGGACAUAGCUGGAGAGGACCACAUCCGAGCUUUUUUCCAUGAUGUGGUGACAACCCAUUUGGUGCACACAUUUCUUUAA